AUGUCUACGCCAACGACGAUGGGGAUUUUGUCACCGGCGGAUCGGAGCCACGACUCCUCUCUGAUCUCUGCAGAGAAAUCAACUCCGAAAUGCGGCGCCAGCGCGACCUUUCCCGCAGUCGCCCCUCCCUUCCUCCAUCAGCCACCGCCUCCACCCAGCGAGGACACCGAGCAGGCAGUGCGUAUUGAGGCCCCACCACCGCCAAGGCCUUUUCCACCUGUUUCUUCACUGAUGCCAACAAGAUUGCUCAUUAAAUAUUUUCUGAGGGUUGAUGCUGAUGGACUCUUUCACACAUAUCCUCGUCGAGGUGGUCCGUUUAAGAGCUUGAAAGAAGCUCAGGAUGCUAUAGACUCCCAUCACGCUAAUCUGUGUAAAUUCAAGUACAUGGGGGAUCUUUCAGAGGAGGAUGUCCAUGUGUGGCAGACCCUGUACUGGCCUAAUGGUACAAGGAUGAAUUCCAAACAAGCUUUGGAUGUGAUGAUGAACCGUCGCCCCAAAUGGGAUGUACUUAACGCUUUACUGGACAAGUACAAUGAGGACCAUCAUCUUUUUGGGGAUUUUGCAUAUGAAUUGAAGGAAAUUGUGAGUUACAAACCACAUUUUCAGGGAAGAAACUCUCCAUACAAAUGCAGAUCAUUCUCUCACUUAAAUUUGAUUGUCAAGAGUGGGUCGAGUGCCGUCGGCGAUCUUUUCUUCGCUGAAAUUACAUGUUUGAAGGAUGGCGAGUUGGAGGAAUAUGUGCUCAGCUGUAUAUGUGUUGUUACGCCAGAAGCUAACGGCGAGUACUGUGGAUGUGGAGAUGAUGUAAAGCACCCCACUGGUGUUGAGUACAAAAAGCGGGACAAGUUGCCUGUUCGGCGCAAUGGUUGUAGGCAAAUGUCAGAAGAAUUAUUCAAUGAGUUUAUUGUUGUUCGUGAUGAGGAUUGGCUGGAUGCAGAGGAGGCCAGGGUGAGACGAGAGUUUAGGAUGAGCAACAAAGGAGAUGGCCAGGGAAUGAGGGGCAGAUACGUCGUACCGGCAAAACGGUAG